AUGAUGACGAUGAACUCUCUGGCCGAGAGCCUGCUGGGGGAGCCGGCCAAGCCGCCUUUCCUGGACUUCGCGCUCGGGCCCCCCGCCUCGCCCCAGCAAGCCCCGGCCAGCCUGGCGCCCUACGCGCUGCAAGCCCUCCACGCCCCGCCGGCCCCCCAGCAACACGACGCCGGCGCCUUCGCGGCCCCCGCCUACGGAAGAGCCCUCGCCUACCCCGCCUACCCCGCGACGGCGGCGGCGGCCAGCGGCGGCAGCCCCCGCGCCUUCUACCACCACCACCAGCACCAGGGCGCCUCCUACUCGCCUUACCAGCAGCCCUCCGGCGCCCUGGGCCCCGCCACCCUGCUGGAGGAGACCGAGCUGGAAAAAUCCACCAUAAUUGAGAACGGGGAAAUCCGCAUCAACGGGAAAGGCAAGAAGAUCCGCAAGCCACGCACCAUCUACUCCAGUCUCCAACUCCAAGCCCUCAACCAGCGUUUCCAGCAGACCCAAUAUCUGGCAUUACCUGAGCGGGCAGAACUCGCAGCGCAGUUGGGUUUAACCCAGACGCAGGUAAAAAUCUGGUUCCAGAACAAGCGUUCCAAGUUCAAAAAGAUCAUGAAGCAGGGCUCCAGCAUCCAAGAAGACCAUCUCCACAGCUCCUCCUCUUUAUCCCCGUGCUCUCCCAACAUACCACCGCUCUGGGACAUCCCCAUGGCAUGCAAAGGAACUCCUCUCCCUCCCAGCGGCUACAUCAACAGCUUUGGACCUUGGUACCACCAGUCACAACACCCAGACGCCAUGGGGAGGCCUCCGGUGAUGUGACCUGGAAA